CAAAAACUCCCAAGAGUCCACUCUCACUCUCUCUAAAAACCCUUCGUCUGGUAAAUUUCUCUCCUAGGCCACUGGCUGCCGUUAGGGUUUCUGAUCAUCUCCUCGUCUCCUUUUGCUUGGAAAUCUUCAGCUGUGUGUAAACAGUGGUUUUGCAACAGUUAGGUUUUACUUGGAAAUCUUCAGCAGUUUGUGUUCUACCAGUGGUUCUCCGACAGUGCAGUCUAGGAUUCGCCAAUGGAUUCCCACGAGGGAAAUGGUGUAGGAAACGGUGCGGGAAAUGGCAUAGGAAACGGUGCAGGAAACGGUGCAUCAGAGUCUUUGCCACCCCCCCCUCCUGUUCCACCGAAUGUUGAGCCGGAGCAGGUUCUUGAACCUGCUAAGAAAAAGGUGGUGCGCGUCCCGAUAGCGAGACGUGGUUUGGGAUCAAAGGGGAAUAAAAUUCCUAUACUGACAAAUCACUUUAAAGUAAAUGUCACAAACGUUAAUGGUGACUUCUUCCAUUACAGUGUUGCACUUUUUUAUGAAGAUGGGCGCCCGGUCGACGGAAAGGGAAUUGGUAGGAAGGUCCUCGACAGAGUUCAUGACACUUACGACACAGAGCUUGCUGGGAAAGACUUCGCGUACGAUGGGGAGAAAAGUUUGUUCACCCUGGGUCCUCUUCCUAGAAACAAGCUCGAAUUUACAGUUGUGCUUGAGGAUGUCGUGUCCAACAGGAACAAUGGUAAUAAAAGCCCUGGAAGCCCCAACGAUGACCGGAAAAGGCAACGGAGACCGUACAAUUCCAAGACGUUCAAGGUGGAGAUCAGCUUUGCAGCGAAAAUCCCGAUGCAGUCAAUUGCGAAUGCUCUUCGGGGUCAAGAAUCUGAGAACUCUCAAGAAGCCCUGAGAGUUCUGGACAUAAUUUUGAGACAGCAUGCAUCAAAGCAGGGCUGCCUCCUUGUUCGCCAGUCAUUUUUUCACAAUGACCCAAAGAAUUUCGUAGAUGUUGGAGGUGGCGUUCUGGGCUGCAGGGGCUUCCACUCUAGUUUCCGGACUACACAGGGUGGAUUGUCUCUAAACAUAGACGUUUCUACGACCAUGAUAAUUCAGCCUGGGCCGGUUGUGGAUUUCCUUAUAUCAAACCAGAAUGUGAAGGACCCCUUCCAAAUUGAUUGGGCAAAGGCAAAACGCACCCUGAAGAAUUUGAGGGUAAAGACCAAUCCUGCCAAUACAGAAUACAAGAUAUCUGGACUGAGUGAAAAGCCUUGCAAAGAGCAGAUGUUUUCAUUGAAGAAGGGAAAGGAUGAGGAUGGUGAAAUUCAAACUGUCGAAGUGACUGUGUACGAUUACUUCGUUAACCAUCGCAAUAUAGAGCUGCGUUAUUCUGGUGAUCUACCGUGCAUUAAUGUUGGGAAGCCAAAGCGCCCAACUUACUUUCCUCUCGAGUUAUGCUCGUUAGUAUCCUUGCAACGCUAUACGAAAUCACUGUCAACUUUUCAAAGAUCUUCUCUAGUGGAGAAGUCAAGACAGAAGCCCCAAGAAAGGAUGAGGGUUUUGACUGAUGCUCUUAAAGUCAACAAUUAUGAUGCAGAGCCGAUGCUGCGUUCUUGUGGCAUUUCAAUCAAUAACAACUUCACCCAAGUUGAAGGCCGUGUACUCCCAGCCCCAAAGUUGAAAGCGGGAAAUGGUGAAGACUUCUUUGCACGAAAUGGCCGGUGGAAUUUUAAUAACAAGAAACUGGUGAACCCUACAAAGAUCGAGCGCUGGGCAAUUGUUAACUUUUCAGCUCGCUGUGACUUACGUGGCCUUGUUAGAGACUUAACCAGAACAGGAGAAAUGAAGGGAAUUCAUAUCGAAGCUCCUUUUGAUGUAUUUGAAGAGAGCCCACAGAAUAGACGAGCUCCUCCUCCUGUUAGAGUGGACAAGAUGUUUGAAGAAGUCCAAUCCAAACUUCCAGGGGCGCCUCAAUUUCUCCUCUGCGUGCUGCCGGAGAGAAAGAAUUGUGAUCUUUAUGGUCCAUGGAAGAAAAGGAACCUUGCUGACUUUGGGAUCGUUACUCAAUGCAUGGCGCCAACAAGAAUAAAUGAUCAAUAUCUUACUAAUCUUCUCCUUAAGAUCAAUGCAAAGCUUGGUGGACUGAAUUCUAUGUUAGCUGUUGAACAUUCUCCCUCGAUUCCCUUGGUAUCUAAGGUCCCUACCAUAAUUAUCGGGAUGGAUGUCUCUCAUGGCUCUCCAGGACAAUCUGAUGUACCAUCAAUUGCUGCGGUUGUUAGCUCCAGGCACUGGCCUCUUAUAUCACGAUAUAGGGCGUCAGUCCGUACACAGUCUCCCAAGGUUGAAAUGAUAGACUCACUGUACAAGCGUGUUUCUGACAAGGAGGAUGAUGGCAUAAUGAGGGAGCUCUUGCUAGAUUUUUAUGUGACUUCAGGGAAAAGGAAGCCUGACCAGAUUAUCAUAUUUAGGGAUGGCGUUAGUGAAUCUCAGUUCAACCAAGUUCUCAAUAUCGAACUCGAUCAAAUUAUUGAGGCCUGCAAGUUCCUGGAUGAGAACUGGACGCCAAAGUUCGUUGUCAUUGUGGCCCAGAAAAAUCAUCAUACAAAGUUUUUUCAGCCUGGAUCUCCAGAUAAUGUGCCCCCAGGGACGGUGAUAGACAACAAAAUAUGUCAUGCACGGAACAAUGAUUUUUACAUGUGUGCACAUGCUGGGAUGAUUGGUACGACAAGACCAACGCACUACCAUGUGCUGUUGGAUGAGGUUGGUUUUUCAGCUGAUGACCUCCAGGAACUCGUGCAUUCCCUGUCGUAUGUGUAUCAAAGGAGUACAACAGCGAUAUCAGUUGUUGCUCCCAUCUGCUACGCUCACUUGGCGGCAACUCAGGUAGGGCAGUUUAUGAAAUUCGAAGACUUGUCUGAGACAUCCUCGAGCCACGGGGGAUUGACAUCUGCAGGGCCUGUUCCGGUCCCUCAGUUGCCGAAGUUGCAGGAAGCUGUCUGCAACUCUAUGUUCUUCUGUUAAUGUUUGAAAUCCCUGAACUUUACCCCUUUUGCUGAACGACUGUCCUAGGCACUGGGUUUGUAUAUAUCUAUCUGGUUUUGUGGUGACCUUCAUCGGUGGAAGGCUCGGGCUUAAGUAGCUAAGUUGGAUACCAAGUAGUUUCUAAGUCUUAUUAGGUGCUUCCCAAACUAUACUCUUUUGAAAACUUGUCGGUUUGGUUUAUGCUCAGGCUAGCCCUGUUUUGCUGAUUUAUGUACGGCUAGGUUAUGCUCAGGCUUGCCCUGUUUUGCUGACUUAUAUAUGGCUAGAUUAUGGAGUUUCAA